AUGCGCCGGCCGGCCCAGGGCGACAGGCGCCGUCAAGGUGUAGACGACCCGGGCGGUGUAGGUGCCGGCCGGAACCACGGACGCAUUGGCGUAGGAGAACCGCAGGCACGAUUCGAACCAGGUGUUGGCGUUCACGAGCAGCAGCGACUGAGGCGCCCCGCCGACGAAGCUGCCGCUGGGGAUCGUCGGAGUCGCGUCACCGAUGCCGCCCGAGGUCCAGGAAAUGCUGCUCAUCGGCAGGGUCGAUGUGGCCUGGAUCAGCGAGGCGGGAGCCGUCACCGUCAAGGUCGCGGAGGCCCCCGCACUGCUGGGCGCUCGGAAGAAGCCACCGAUGUACAUCUCCGCGGGCACCGAGCAGAAGGAAAAAUUGUCCAGGAGGCUGUUGGCCGUGGGGUUGUUGGUGGUCAUCGCCACCGGGCCGCUUCCCAAGGAGCCGACCGGGACGCUGACGCUCACCAGGUUCACGGUCGGGUUGUUGCCGGGCGUCCCGCCACUGAGCAGGGAGCCGCCGCUCAGCGUGGCCGUUCCGACGGCCAGAUACAGCGCACGCGGCGCCGGGCUCAAGGUCCACCGGCCCUCCUGGCGAACCAGCUUGCUGACGGCCGUCAACGUGGUGGCGGUGCCCGCCCCCGUCGAGGAGGAGAAGGCCGGAUGGGUGAUGACGCCGUUGGUGAAACCGGCUGUCCCGGUCGUGAGCGCUGCGGCGGCGACCGCGAUCUGCGACCACGGGAUGGUGUCGCCCGCGCCGUUCGACAGUUGGCCGGUGACACUCGAAUUCAAGGUGACGUUCGUCCCCACGUUGCUGAAGACGCGCACUGUGACCGCGCCAUUCGUCAGAUCACCGCUCGCCGCAGCGGCGUUGACGACGGUGCCGUCACCGAGGUUGGCGGCGGGCACGGUGAAGUUGAUGGCGUCGACCGUCGUGUUGUUGGCCGCGGCGAUGGCACUGCCGGUGCCGAUGCGCAGAUAGAGCACGGCCGGGAUGACGACCGUGAAGUCGAGACGGGCGGUCGCCGUGGAACCGGUGACAGCGCUCGUGGUGCUGGUCGAUUCGGCCUGCGACGCCAGAGGCAGGAACCCCAGCGUGCUCACGAACCCGAUAGCCAGGCGGUGCUUGAGAAGGUGUUUCAUGGGGGUGCCUGCGGGGACGACGCUCGUGUUCGAGUAGCUGAACGUCCAUCGGCCUUCCACCCGGAGGAGCUUGCCCACCGCGGUGAGCGUCGUGGCGGUGCCGUUGCCCGCGGUGGCAGAGAAGGCAGGAUGGGUGAUCGGGCCGUUCGUGUAGCCGCUGCUGGGCACCGGCAGCGCAGCGGAGGCCACGGCGAUCUGGGACCAGGGGAUGGUGUCGCCGGCGGGCGACUUCAACUGGCCGGCGACGUUGGAAUUCAAGGAGACGUUCGUGCCGACGUUGCUGAACACGCGCACGGUCACGGCCCCGUUGCCUUGGUCACCGUUGCCGGCGGCCGCGCUGAUGACGGUGCCAUCGCCGAUGUUGGUGGCCGGCACGGUGAAGGUCAGCGCGUCGAUGGUCGGGUUGUUGGCGGCGGCAACCGCGCUGCCCGUGCCGAUGCGCAGAUAGAGCACGGCGGGAACCGUGAUGGAGACGUCGAGCCGGCCGGAGGCCGUCGAGCCGGUCGCGGCUGA